AUGGCACUGAAUCAAGAAGAGAAUUUGUCUUCUGGAAUCAAGUUUGAUAGUGAAGGUUUCUUGGAGAGAUGCCAAAACGCAGAAAGGGAAAAUCCGAAAAGUUUCGAUGAUUCCUUUGAAAUAGAUACCAAUUUCCCAGGGGAUUUCUUUGGUGUGGGUCGCAAAAUAGGCUCUCUUGAUGCGGCUAUUAUACGUUGCAUUGAGGCUUUUGAUAGAGAGUUUUGUGGGUUUAAGACGAAGGAAACACCUGAAGCCAUGAAGGUUCUAUUGAGGAUUAUGGUUCAAAGGGUCAUGUUUUGGAGACUACGGAAAAACCUGAAGCUAACAAGAUUCGAUAAUUAUUGGUUCCCUUGGUGUGAUGCGGCCCUUACGCGGAAAUGGCUAGAUGAAGAUUGCAUCCGCGCAGAAAAAGAUGUUACCCCGCCAGAUUGUCUGCUUUUUGACCUUGGUUAUCUUGGUUUGGUUGAAGUAGUUUGCAAAUUACCACGUGAUGCAGUCCAAAACGAUCCCCUUCCAUGGAGAAAUAUUCACAUAGACCAUCCAUUGAAUGAUAAGAUCACUCAAAACGAUCCCCUUCCAUGGAGAAAAAUUCACAUAGACCAUCCAUUCAAUGAUAAGAUCACGGACGAUGACCUUCUGAGGAUAACUAACCGGGCUCAAGGUACUCUUCACAGCCUGAGCCUUGUGGAAUGCAGAAAAAUAACUGCUGCUGGUCUGAGGCGCAUUUUUUUAAGCAAUCCGGGGUUGUCUGAGGUUAGUAUACUUUAG